AUGUCUUACACUUCUUCAUCGUGUCAAGAUCGUUGUGCCCGAACAGGGAGCAGCUCUAGUUCGACCGACAGCGAAGCCUCGGAUAGGUCGAAAAGCACGGCCCCUACGAUCUACAGCUAUCGGCCCACAUCUAAGCGACCUCCAGAAACGGAUCGCUUCACUAUGGAUCCUAGAGACUCUACAUCAACGUAUGCAUCCACGAUACCCUCGACCGACGAGUUACCAGAAGACCCGCAAUACGAGGUUAUCGACCGAAAGCCGGAGAUCUAUGCUACUGACGCGAUCCCUUCCAACCCAACCACCUUUGCAGAGCUAUUCCCCUCAUCCCGACGGCUGCUGAUUCGGCACGAUGAUUCGACACUAGAUGGUAAUAUGAAUCUACGGGUCGACACUCUAGUGCCGCAAAGGGGUGGCUAUCAACAAGAUGUAAUCCUCUUUCAUCUCCGCAUGUAUGACUUGUUCUUGAGAAAGUUCUCAUUUCGGCGCUACUGUCGGGAGUCCGGUCGUGAGAUCUGUCGCUCAGAAAGGAGGCCCAGAUCGUGCAGCAUCGACAAGAGGCCCAUUCUUCGGCGCUCCUGGAGCAGUGUGUUGGCAAGCUUGCGGCCUGGGUCGAGUGGGAAUGGAUCGAUAGCUGGCGCCGAACAUAAGCGCCACGACUCGGGAUAUCACUCGAUCAAGCAGGAAGAUGCGAAUUUGGAUGAUGCAACAGCAGAUGCCAAGGAGUGUCCCAGUCGCCCAGUCGCUUUCGCAGAUACAACGGUGUUAGAGUUCUCUAAUUAUGCGCAUGUAGAGGUCAAGAGGCGAGGCGCAGGGAUACGCAAGCGGUACGAGUUUGAGUAUUGGUCCACGAAAUACCAAUGGAAGAAAGAGUGCAGGAAAGAAGGAGAUUUGCGGGAAGUGUCCUACCACCUCAUCAACACGCGGACGUCCAAGACGAUUGCCCACAUUGUGCCCGAAAUCCUCACACCAGUGGAAGCUGUCGAGGAGGAGAGCAAGGGUGGUUGGGUUCGCCCGUCCUCGAUGUGGAUCAGCGAUUCAUCGGUGUACGAGAAAAUGCAUGAGGUUGCCGAUGUGAUCGUAGCCACAGGAUUGAGUGUUCUAGUUGAUGACUGUAUCCGACAGCGAUGGCACUCGAAACGUCAUACGGACUUCAGCCAUCCGGCUAAAUCCUCUUUCACAAAAAGCAUUGAGUUGAUGGGGCCUAUGCGACUUAUUGAAGAAGUGUUUCACCGGCGGGGAUCCGCCUGA